AUGAAUGCGUUCCUCAUCUCCUCGCUGCAGCAACAGCAGCCUCACCAUGUCGCCUCUUCCUCAGUAGCCGCCACGGAAGGCUCCCCCCCGAGCAGUCCUCGCUCGACUUUCUCCUCAGUUCAUUCGUAUGGGCAAGACGCGUACUCCCCCGCGAUUCCUGCAGUCUCCGCAUCCAUCGACUUGUCUGCGCCUCGCGGCACUCAAGAAACAGACACUUGCUCCGCAAGGGGCAAUCCCCUCUCGACUUCGCUUGGCGGCGCAGGAGGAGGCGGAGGCUCCUCGCUCGAUGGAGGCUUCGAGGUGACUGUCUGCCUCCUCGAAUCCAGCUUUUGCUGUGCACACUUCGUCGCUUACAAGGGAUACAGAGAGCGCUUGCAUGGCCACAACUACCAGGUGUCGGCGCGCCUCCUAGGACCACUUGGAGUCGAUGGAUACGUUCUCGACUUCACAGAGCUCAAGCGUGCUGUCAGGGAAGUCUGCAAAUCGCUAAACGAGUAUACCAUCAUUCCCAUGAGGAGUGACGUGCUGGAAAUCACGCAGGAAGGUUCCAGCAUCCGCAUGCGCUGCGAAGACGGCUCCGAGUUUAUUCUGCCAAGGGCAGACUGCCUCUGCUUGCCGAUCGUGCAUUCAACGGCUGAGGAACUUUGCGCGUAUAUCUGGAGAAGCAUAGUAGACAACCUUACAGAGGGUCGCCUAAAGAAGAGAGGCAUUCAGUCUCUCGAAGUGAGCGUCGCGGAGAAGUGCACACAGGUUGCGGUGUAUCGAAGGCCCCUCUGA